AGCUCUGUGAUGUGCUUGGUGGACAGGCGGGCGGGUGCAAAAGGCGAGGCCAGAUGUGAAAAACAAACAUGCACGCCUACCUGUCUACUUCUAAUCAAGAUGCAGCCUUCAUCCUGGGAUCAGCUCGAGAGGGAGAGGAUGAGUGAGAGGAGCGUAAUCUGCAGCUCAGCUCCCGGGAGCCUGCGAGCUCUGCGUGUGUCAGUGCUGCUCGUCUCCCUUCUGCUCAGCGUCCUGCCGCCUACAGGAGCAGAGGAGGGUGUCGCCGGCGGGAGGAGGGAGGGCAGGCAGAAGCGAAGCCCACCCUACUGGGGCCUGUGGUCGUCGGACUUUUACGGGUGGCUGGAGGAGCUGCGAGCCCGGGCAGACCACGAGGGGAUGCGGGACCUGGCUCGCACCUUCUGGGCUCACUUCCCCGUCAGCAACGGGCUGGGCUACGAUAGUCCCGAGUCUGACCCUCAACCUGAGGAGUGAGGACAAAGAGAGGCAGGGGGCAGAUUUAAGAGUGUGAGGGUGGGUGGAAGGGUCCUUCAACAUGUGUUUACAUGUUCACAGCACGGGGCCGUAGAUGUUUUGACGCUGUCUGUAUGUAUGACACCAUACAGGUGCGUGGUAUCUUUGUCCCCUUUUGUUUCUCCUUUUGAAAAGUACUGAUGUGACAACUCUUUCCUUUGGGAAUGCACAUUUUGAUGAAGGUAGUAAACUAUAGAGAUCAAUGUUUUUAAACUUGUAAAGUGCAGAAAAUAUGUAAUGCUUCACACGUCUCACACAACACUUAACAUGUCAGAUUUGUUUGCGAGCCACCCAGCUGCCAGAAUAAAUGUCGACAACGUUUAUUCCUGCAAGCUACA